AUGGAGAAGUCAGAGACUCUCGAAACUUACAUUAGCGACGUCAAUGAUACGGAGCAAUCUGAGACAUUGGCAGUCCCAAAAGAAGUCGCUAACUGGAAAAUUUAUUUGUACUGCAUGGCGGUUUGCUUGGGUGCUGUUGCUCUCGGAUACGAUGUUUCUGUUAUGGGAGGGACUUUGAUUCUCCCUUCUUUCGAGCGCGAUUUUGGCCUUGAAGGCAAAUCGCAACGGCAACUCGAUGACCUCACUUCGAACAUCGUGUCCUGCUUCCAGGGUGGAAUGUUCCUUGGUGCUUUGGCCUCUUACCCAAUCUCUGAUCGUUGGGGUCGCAAGUGGUGUAUUACCAUUGCCACAAUAGUUUUCUUGGCUGGUGCCUCAAUGCAAACGGGCUCCCGUGGCAUUGUUGGCCUUGUCAUGGCAGGAAGGUGCAUUGCUGGACUUGGCAUUGGUGCUUCAGCUCCGGUCAUUCCCGUAUACAUUGCGGAGAUGGCGCCGCCCACCAUUCGUGGAAAGCUCGUUGGAUUCUACGAGAUCGGCUCUCAAGGCGCUCAAAUGCUUGGGUUCUGGGUCAACUACGCUGUCAACAGGACCAUUGGCCCCGAAACGAGCACCCAGUGGAUGGUUCCUCUGGGACUUCAGCUGCUUCCAGCCACACUACUCCUGCUUGUUUUGCCGUUCUGCCCUGAGUCACCCAGAUGGCUCUGUGGAAAGGACCAAAGGGACAGAGCAGAGAAGAUUCUGACCAACGUUCGUCAACUGCCGGCUGACCACCCCUACGUGGUUCAUGAGUUGCGCGAGAUUCGCCUCGCGGUUGAAUUCGAGGCCCAUCUUGCCGCGAAGCACCCCGGGCUGAUGGGAAAGCUAAGAGAUCUGACCAAAAAGGGCAUUCGAAACAGACUGGCUAUUGGUCUGUGCCUUAUGAUGUGUCAGAACAUGACGGGCGUCAAUAUCAUCACUUACUAUAGCCCACGCAUCUUUCAGACUCUUGGAAUACAGUCCACAGAUUUGAAGCUGUUUGCCACCGGGUUUUAUGGUGUCGCGAAGACCCUCGGAAUGGUCAUAUUCUCAUUCUGGGUGGCGGAACACCUUGGACGUCGCAAAGGUCUUAUCUGGGGCGCUUUCGUUGGUGCAGUGCCAAUGCUAUAUCUCGGGGGUUACGUGAUGAAGAAUGACCCGGAAGCCGUAGCCGCGGCUGGUGGCACCAGCAUGUCUGGCUGGGGCUACCUCGCUAUGGUCUGCGUCUAUCUCUAUGGUGUCAUCUACUGCGCUUCUUGGCAGGGUAUCACGUGGCUAUAUGCUUCGGAGAUCUACCCUCUUUACAUCCGGUCUCUUUGCAUGGCAUUGACCAUCGCUGAUGAGAGACUGUGGUCAUACGUUGUGUCUCGCUCCACCCCAUACAUGAUCUCUGACAUUGGCUAUGGCACCUACUUCUUUUUCGGGGCGUUGAUGGUGUGCAUGGGCUUCUGGGCGUGGUGGUGUAUUCGGGAGACCAAAGGCGUUCCCAUUGAGGAGAUGGACGCGCUUUUCGGUGCUCCGCACGCCAACAUGGAAGAAGCUGAGACUAAGUCAGCAUGA